AUGGAAUACUCGCAGGAGCAGCUGAAUUACUUUAGACUCUGCUACGUCGUAUUUAAUCUGGUUCCAGUAGGACUGCGGCAGAUUUUUAAACAGGAAUGGGAUUUCCUUUACAAGACAAUUCUACGCGGAGAAUGGAAAAACUCAGCACAAAAUGGCCGUGAUUUCUACAGCAGGGAAACUAAAGCAAGUCGGAAGAAAAACGCUCGGUGCCUGGUAACAAUCCAGAAUGGUGACACGGCAGAGUGGGACUGCACCUGUUUGUUUUUUGCCAUCUUGUACUCAGACAGUAUCGGUAAAACCUUAAGUCCAGCUGUCCGUAAAGAUGUCGAUGAUAUUCGUCAAGUGCGAAACGGGAUCGCCCAUAUCACGGAGGCUAACCUGACAGAUGCCGACUUCCAAACUUCAGUAGAUCGAGUGUUGAACGCUUUUACAUCCCUUGGUCUUCCUAUAACUGAGAUCCAAGAAAUAAAGAAGCAGAAUAGCUUUCCAACAAAUGAAGUGGAACAAAUUAAGAAGCAAGUUCGUGAUCUGCAAGCUGAGUUAGAUCAGACAAAAUCUGACUUGAAGGAGACAAAAAGCACACUUCAGAGUACAGAGGUUGCUCUGAUUUCUGCAAAAGACGAAAACAAGGCUCUCACACAGGAAAUAAAUGCGAAACUUCAGCCAUUUUGCUUUCUCACAUCGCGCCCACCCCACGAUAUCAUCAGGCGUUCGCAUGACAUUGAAAGAAUCACAAACAAAAUGGAGGAACUUUACAGUGGUACCAAUGGAACUGUUAGCACGGUGUAUUUGUCAGGAAAUCCAGGAUGUGGCAAGAGUCAACUUGCCAGGGAAAUCGGAAAACAAUUCUUUCGUAAACGACCCAACGAUAUUGAAGAUCUAAACUUUGUUGCUACACUGAAUGCAGAAAGUGUUGAGACACUUGCUGAAUCUUACAUGGCCCUUGGAGGACACUUAGGGCUAACAGAAUACGCCUUGACAAGCUUAGAAUCUUUAAAAAAUGAGAAGCCUCUUAAAGCAAUUCAACAGCUCCAGCUGCUGAUUAUGCCGAAGACUAGUAAGUUUACCAAGUGGCUAAUUAUUGUGGACAAUGUAAUUGACUUACGCUUAGUCCGCACCCUACUACCUCAAACUGGUAGCGAGGAAUGGGGAAAUGGUCAGGUGCUGAUUACUACUCAAGAUAGCGGUACAAUUCCCCAAAACGCUCCUCACACGUAUCAUGAAUCGUUAAGUAAAGGAAUGAUGCGUGAUGAGGCAGUGGAAUUGCUGGAAACAGUAUCGCAAAUUUCAGAUCGAGAACUAGCUGAAAACGUCGCUGAACGUCUUGAUUUUCAACCACUGGCCUUAGCUGCUGCUGCUUAUUACGUGCAAACUGUUGUGAACAGUGGGUCUUUGCAUUAUAACUGGAAAGCGUACCUCGACGACAUAUCAACAUACGACCAACGAAAAGAGAUUGAAACCGUCCUUGCGACUGAAAGUUCGGCCUAUGCUAAAACAACAACGACCGCUGUUGAAAUGGCCAUCCAGAGAGCUGUUGAAGCGGACGAGGUUCUUCGUGAGACAUUCUCCUUUCUUUCGCUCUGCGCUAACGACGAUCUCCCACUCGAAGCUGUUUUGCAGUUCGUCAAAGUCCAAGUGAAGGACCAACCAGAGGAGUUACUGAAAUCAAAGAUUGUAAGAUGUUCUUUACUUCUUGUUUAUUUCGAGGAAGGCAAUAAACAAAAAACGUAUUUGCGCCUGCAUAAAAGUGUUCAUGAAGCAUUGAAACAAAAUGAAAUGUUUAAUCUAAAAUCAUGGGAGACCGACCACAACAUUGCAAAAGCACUUAAGAUUUUCAAGUCCCAACUUGAAGAAAAUAACAAGAAUAAUGCGUUUUUUAAAAAAAUGAUGCCCCACUGUGAAACUUUACUUAAGUUAAUGACGUCAGAGUUCAGUUCGGAUCAAAGAUCUUUUAAAGAAAGGUUUACGCCCUUUUUAGAUUUGGAUAUAUUUAUUAAUUGGCUAUGUACUCUCGCCUAUGACUUUCGAAAAAAUUCCUAUUUCUUCUUUGCGAAAGAUUUGGUCGAUUUAGCAUGCAACCUAUUGGAGAAUAUAGACGAAACUAUUUCAGGUGCGUUAACUCGUAAAGCGAAGAUUUUCGACAUGAGUGGUGAAGUAUACAGAGAAAUUGGAGAAUACAAUCAAGCCAGAGAACUUCACCAAAAAGCACUGUUGAUUCUAAAAAACAUUUUCGGUGAAGAUAAUGGCAAUGUAGCAAGAAGUUAUAACAACUUGGCCUCAGUGUACAACAGCCUGGGAGAAUACAAUCAAGCCAAAGAACUUUACGAAAAAGCACAGAUAAUUGGUAAAAGGAUUUUCGGUGAAAAUGAUGGCGAUGUAGCAACAAGUUAUAACAACUUGGCCUCAGUGUACAAAAGCCUGGGAGAAUACAAUCAAGCCAAAGAACUUCACGAAAAAGCACUGAUGAUUAGGAAAAAGAUUUUCGGUGAAAAUCAUGCUGAUGUAGCAGAAAGUUAUAACAACAUGGCCUCAGUGUACACCCGCCUGGGAGAAUACAAUCAAGCAAAAGAACUUCAAGAAAAAGCACUGAUGAUUACGAAAAAGAUUUUCGGUGAAAAUCAUGCCGAUGUAGCAACAAGUUAUAACGCCUUGGCCUCAGUGUACAACAGCCUGGGAGAAUAUAAUCAAGCCAAAGAACUUUACGAAAAAGCACUGAUGAUUAGUAAAAGGAUUUUCGGUGAAAAUCACGCCGAUGUAUCGAGAAGUUAUAACAACUUGGCCUCAGUGUACAACAGCCUGGGAGAAUACAAUCAAGCCAAAGAACUUUACGAAAAAGCACUGAUGAUUAGUAAAAGGAUUUUCGGUGAAAAUCACGCCGAUGUAUCGAGAAGUUAUAACAACUUGGCCUCAGUGUACAACAGCCUGGGAGAAUACAAUCAAGCUAAAGAACUUCUCGAAAAAGCCCUGAUGAUUAGUAAAAAGAUUUUCGGUGAAAAUCGUGCCGAUGUAGCAACAAGUUAUAACAACUUGGCCUUAGUGUACACCCGCCUGGGAGAAUAUAAUCAAGCCAAAGAACUGUACGAAAAAGCACUGAUAAUUAGUAAAAGGAUUUUUGGUGAAAAUCACGCCGAUGUAGCGAGAAGUUAUGACAACUUGGCCUCAGUGUACAACAGCCUGGGAGAAUACAAUCAAGCCAAGGAACUUCACGAAAAAGCACUGAUGAUUAGGAAAAAGAUUUUCGGUGAAAAUCAUGCCGAUGUAGCAACAAGUUAUGGCAACUUGGCCUUAGUGUACAACAACCUGGGAGAAUACAAUCAAGCCAAAGAACUUCACGAAAAAGCACUGAUGAUUAGGAAAAAGAUUUUCGGUGAAAAUCAUGCCGAUGUAGCAACAAGUUAUAACAACUUGGCCUCAGUGUACAACAGCGUGGGAGAAUACAAUCAAGCCAAAGAACUUCUCGAAAAAGCACUGAUAAUUAGGAAACAGAUUUUCGGUGAAAAUCAUGCCGAUGUAGCAACAAGUUAUAACAACUUGGCAUCAGUGUACGACAGCCUGGGAGAAUACAAUCAAGCCAAAGAACUUCACGAAAAAGCACUUGUGAUUCGCAAAAAGAUUUUUGGUGAAGAUCAUGCCGAUGUAGCAACAAGUUAUAACAACUUGGCAUCAAUGUACCACAGACUGAGAGAAUACAAUCAAGCCAAAGAACUUCACGAAAAAGCACUGAUGAUUAGAAAAAAGAUUUUCGGUGAAAAUCAUGCCGAUGUAGCAACAAAUUAUAACAACUUGGCCUCCGUGUAUGACAGCCUGGGAGAAUACAAUCAAGCCAAAGAACUUCACGAAAAAGCACUUGUGAUUCGCAAAGAGAUUUUCGGUGAAGAUCAUGCCGAUGUAGCAACAAGUUAUAACAACUUGGCCUCAGUUUACGACAGCCUGGGAGAAUAUAAUCAAGCCAAAGAACUUCACGAAAAAGCACUGAUAAUUAGUAAAAGGAUU